AGCCGCAAAGGCCAUCCUCACGCCAUUCGCCCAAAUUCAAACCCUCCGGGAGCCGGAGGAGGAACAUGAAGACGAAGACGAAGACGACGCUCCUCCGCGCGCUUUCCAAUUUUGUCUUACUAAUUUACUGCAUCGCCAAUCUCCACUUGAUCGGCUGCCGCGCUACUUCGUCAUUAAUCGUACCCGAUCAGCAGCUAGCGGACAGAGUUCCGGAGCUACCAGGCCAGAAUUUCAAUGUGAAGUUUGCGCAUUAUGCAGGUUAUGUUACUGUUAAUGAGGAGUCUGGAAGUGCUCUGUUUUAUUGGUUCUUCGAGGCCGAGGAGGAUCCUCAUUCCAAGCCCCUUGUUCUCUGGCUCAAUGGAGGGCCAGGGUGCUCAUCAAUUGCAUAUGGACUUGCUGAGGAAAUUGGUCCCUUCCAUGUCGAGAAAGAUGGGAAAACCCUGUAUUUGAAUCCUUAUUCUUGGAACAAAGUGGCAAAUGUACUGUUUGUGGACUCCCCUGUUGGAGUUGGGUUUUCAUAUUCAAACACUUCGUCCGACUUAUUAAAUAAUGGUGACAAAAGGACUGCUGCUGCAAAUCUCGAGUUCUUGCUACGGUGGUUUGAGCGCUUUCCACAGUAUAAAGGAAGGGACUUCUACAUUACCGGAGAAAGCUAUGCUGGACACUAUGUUCCUCAACUAAGUCAAGCUAUUGUGAGGCACAACAGAAAAAAUGAAGAACUUAUCAAUCUCAAGGGUUUCAUGGUCGGAAAUGCUCUAACUGAUGACCUUCAUGACCACUUGGGACUUUUCCAAUUUCUAUGGACAACUGGAAUGAUCUCCGAUCAGACCUUCAAGCUGCUGAACAGGGCGUGUGACUUCGAGUCAUUCAUAAAGCCAUCAGAAUUAUGUGACAAAGUUCUUGACAAUGCUUAUGAAGAAGUCGGAGACAUUGACAUGUAUAGUAUUUUCACGCCCACCUGCACGGCUAAGUUCACGAGUAAACAAAACAAUUCGUGGAGAAGAAAGAAGGUGGGCCGUCUUUAUAGAGCAUAUGAUCCCUGCACAGAGGCGCACUCGGUCGUCUACUUCAAUCUUCCAGAAGUUCAACAUGCUCUUCAUGUUCAGACCAAUAACUCCUCAUUGAAAUGGGACACUUGCAGCGACACGGUGUCUGAAAAUUGGAAGGAUUCUCCUCUGUCCGUUUUGGAUGUCUAUCGUGAGCUACUAAAAUCGGGGGAGCUCCGUAUCUGGAUCUUCAGCGGCGACACGGAUGCCGUAAUUCCAGUGACAUCCACGCGCUACAGCGUGGAUGCACUAAAGCUGCCAACAGUUAGCCCGUGGCGCGCAUGGUACGAUGAGGGCCAGGUAGGAGGAUGGACACAAGAAUACCAAGGGCUAACAUUGGUGACAGUAAGAGGAGCCGGCCAUGAAGUUCCUCUACAUAAACCAAAGCAAGCUUUAACUUUGAUACAGUCUUUCCUGUCGGGAAAGUCGAUGCCAGAGCUCAAACUAGUUAGCUAUGUGUAGAUUUUAUCAAGAAUGGUCUGUUCCUUAGAUGGUUCAAAGACUACUAUAAAGGUUUGUGAGCAGGUGAAAGACACCUUACUCUGUUUUUAACAAGGUAUUAGGGAUAUGUGUUUUAGAUUAUAAUGGUGGUUUUUAGAGAUUUUCAUCAUAAGUUAUGGUCAGAAUUUGGAUUUGGAACCUGGGAAAAUAAUGUUCUGACAUUUCAGUGAUUAUGGUCUUUUUAUGAUCAGAAACAAUUUUAUGAACUCAAAGUAGUGAGCUUUCUAUAA